AUGGAGGCGAGCGGAGGUGGCGGGAGGGGGAGACGCGGCGCGACGAAGAAAGGCGGGAAGGAGAAAGUGAAGAAGGAGCUAAAGGGGGUGAUGAAGGCUGUGAUUCGCGAAGGAUCGGGAUUGCCGGUGGAGGACGGUCACCAGGUGGUUUUCCACUGCACCACCCGUGCAGCUUCGGGCCACAUAUGCGAUUCCACCCGAGCCGAACACGGAGGGUCGGGGCGGCCGCGACGUGUUGUGGUGGGGGAGAGCCGGCUGGUGGCAGCACUGGAGCAUGGGCUGUGCACGAUGCGGGAAGGGGAAGUGGCAGUGUUCAAAGCAGAGCCCUCAGCCCACUACAGCGACCCUGCCUGCCAGAUAAAGCCUCCCCCAGGCGUGCCUGCAGACGAGGAGCUGCAGCUGGAGGUGGAGGUGGUAUCUGCUGCUGCUGUGUGGGUGCUGGCGGGGAAGCGAGAGAAGAAGGAGGGUGGUGCAGAGCGAGAAGGGGAGGAGGGGAAGGAGGCGGAAGAGGAGGAUGUUGUGUGUGGGUAUGAGGAAGACGAACGGUUUAUCACGAAACAGACGGUUGAAGAGGGGAGAGGGUGGGAGCAGCCGAGGCCGCCUUAUGAAGUCAAGAUCAGGCUGGAGGCUCGCCCUCUCGGCUCCUCAACGCCCUUCUAUGCGGCUGGCACGGGCUCCUCCCCUCCCCUGCACCUCGCUCUGGGCUCAGCGUGGCUCCCGCCAGCUCUCGAUCUCGCUCUCUCGCACAUGCUCUCAGGGGAGAAGGCAGUCGUCUUUGCCUCCGCCCCCCACACCAUCCCCCCUGCGCCCGACACCCCUCUCCCUCCACCUCCUCCUGCCAUUGCCCCUGCUCCGGGAACUGCCGAGCCUGACGCUAGGAGUGCCGAGGCUGAGGCUGGGAGUGUCGAGGCUGGGAGGCUCGGGCUCGCUGCUCCGGUGGUUGUGGUGCCGGCGCCACCAGAGGGGGUGGUGGAUGUGGAGUAUCAUGUGCAGCUGGUGAAGAUUAUACAGGUGCGAGACGUGCUGGGCAACGGGUGUGUGAUCAAGAGAAGGCUUCAAGAUGGAACAGGCGACUUCCCCAUGGACUGUCCGCUGCAGGACUGUGUGGUGCACGUGCACAUGCGUGGCACUCUGCCGGACCAGGGGGGUGUUGAGUUCAUGGACACGCGGAAAGGGGAAGCAGGCGAGGGCGAGGGAGAGCCUCUUCAAAUCGGCACUGGGGAAGGCAGGCUGCCAGAGGCCCUGGAGGCGAGCAUUCGCCUGAUGCUGCCGGGAGAGGUGGCCCUGGUUUCAAGCACGGCGCAAUACGCCUACGACUCCUUCCCCAGGCCAGAGGGGAUGCCGGAGGGAGCGAGGGUGCAGUGGGAGGUGGAGCUGUUUGGCUUCGAGCGGCCCAAGGGCUGGGAGGGGCUGUCGUUUGAAGAGAUUCUCGCUGAAAUUGACAAAACCAAGCAGCUGGGGAACACGCUGUACAAGGAGAGGAAGUACAGCCACGCAUGCAGCAAGUACGAUAGGCUGCUGCGGGAGAUGAGGCACGUGCAUCCCAAGGAGGGCGAGGAGGCAAAGCAGUUCAACUCCGUGCAGACCGCUCUGCAGCUGAACGUGGCAGCAUGUCAGCACGGCAUGGGGGAGUAUGCACGGGCCAUAGAGUGGGCCGACAAGGUGCUCACAGAGCAGCCCAACCACUCAAAGGCGCUGUACCGGAGAGCACUGGCUCACAUGCACUCCGCUGCCUUUGAUGAAGCCAGGGCCGACCUCCAACGGAUGGUGAAGGCAGACCCAUCGACACAGGCGGAUGCUACUGCUGCUCUCGCCAAGCUCAAGAAGAUGGAAGAGGAAGCGGAGGGUCGGCAGCGCAGAGAGCUGGGCGGCUGGUUUGACCGCAAGCCCGGGAGUCUGACAGCUCAUGACCCCUCUCCUAGUGCUGCUGGUGCUGCAAGCGUUGCUGCUGAUGCUGCUGCCGCUGCUGCUUCUGCUGCUGGUGGUGCUACGAGCGCUGGUGGGGGCGGUGGUAAUCCACCGGCAUUGUCGCAGGCAACAAGCAGAGCUGUGCGGCGGGCGGCAAGGAAGGCAGCAGCUGCUCUGUCUGGGGAUACAGGUGCUUCUGCUGACAGUGACAGUAGCCAAAGUGACAAUGAGGAGGGGCGUGAUAAUGGUGGUGGUGUUGAAGGGGAUGGAAUCGGAGGAGAUGAGGAGGAAUCGGAGCUGCUAGGGGCAUUUACCCCUGUUAAAAGAACGGCGCUGCUUACUUUGAAUCACAUGGCGCUCGAUUGGGCCAAGGCGUUGCGCCAGGCGGCCAAGAUCCGCUCAUCUGCGCACCACCAGUGGAGCCCCGACUGCGCGGCGGCGGAAAGCAGCGGGCUUUCCGCCGGCGGCGGUUUUUCCGCCAACUCUCUCCCCGCGUGCCCCGCGCCGUGGGCGCUCUCCCCCGCCACCCCCUCGUCGUCCACGUCGGAAGGCGACAGCGCCGUGACGGUUACCAACGGAUGCAAGCCUUUCGCCGCGGCGAAGAAGCUCUCCGUCUCGCUCUCCGCGCAGCCGUCCGCGCAGCUCCCCCCGCAGCUCUCCGCGCAGGCCCCCUCCCCCGCCCGCGCAACCUCCCGCCGCGCCAGACACGCAGCGCCGGUGCCUAUUCCGCCUCUAGCCAGCCCCUCCUCUGGGAGUUGCUCCUACGGCGGGCGGGGGGGAGCGGUGGCCGAAGCCGCGAGUCCGCGGAGCGCUUCGUGGGUGGGCGCGGCGGUCGAGACUCCGCGGAAAGCAAGCGGAUCGCCGCCGUCCUUUACGGCGGUGUCGCCCUUGCUUCUUCCGCCGAAUGCCGCGAAUGGCGCAGCGAAUGGCGCAACGGAUAUCCCCGCCGUUCACCUCUCCUCUUCGCGCAAAGCAGCUCUCGCUAGGCGCGCAAAGAGAGCCGCUUCCCCCCCUGCAGCUGCUGCCGCCGCGUCGCCAUCCGCGGCGGAGGUGGAGACGGCGCUCAAUGAUUGGUUAACGAAUGUUCUUGCGCCGGCUCUUGCGGCGGGUGGGGCGGCAAGCGGCAAUGCGGCUGCGGCUCGGGCAUCAAGCAAUAAACCGUUAACUGGUUCAUCUGCCGGUUUCCAGCUUGGAUCUUGCGCAUCCGCCUCCGUUGCGCCUCCCCCGCCAUUUUCCGCGUCCCCCACCAAUAGGCUUGCGGAGCAGCUGGUGGGGCAAUGGCGGAAGGCCCAACAGCUUCCCCGCGCGCCUGCAGUUCCCCCCUCCACGCCACCUGCGCAGCCGAUGGUACAGGCGACGGCGGAAACGCCUGCGCCGUUCCUGGCGCGACCGUCCUUCCCCGGAACGUCAUGCUCCGCCUCAGCUCCUUCCGCGUUCAACGGGCCUCAGUGCAAUCCGGUCGCUCCGCUUCCGCCAGUCGCACAGGCUGGCAAUGCGCCCGCGCAUGUGCCGGCGCAUGCGCCUGUGCACGCGCCCGCGCAGCCCUUGUCUCCGCCCGAGGCGCAUUCCGCGCGCGGAGGCAACGACUCGCCGGAAGACGCCUUCUGUCCGCUCGCCUUCCUGGCAGGCGACAUUGACGAGUGCGAUCAGGUGAAACCUCAGGUGAUUCUGCAAGACGUGGCGGAUGCGAAGGGGAAGCUGUCUGGAGAUGGGGGGAUGGAGGGCUGUGCGGGUUUGUUUCUCUCCGCCACCCAUGACGUGCGGGGCGCGGCGCAGCUCGGAGGGGGGAAAUCCGCGGAAGAAGGGGAGUCUUUGGAGGAGUUAGCUGCACAAGAUAUCGACUGGCAGUCCCUGCUUGCACCCUGGGAGCCGGCUUCAGGUGGUUCUUCAGGUGCUCCGGAUUCGGAAGUCGCAGCCGCAGGUGAAAAUAACAGCGGAGUUUCUGUGGUGGAGAAUAACGGGCCCAAUGAUUGCCCUAGCGCGAACAGUGAAGUGGUUGCUACAGGAGAUGGUGACCUGGCGCCCAUGUGGCAUGCUGACGUGGCGGAUCUGUGCAUGGGAGUGCCAGCAUGGAUUUCGCAUGAGGAUAUGGACGGUCUGCACCAGUGGGACUCCCACAGCUAUGAGGAGGAGCAUCUGCACUUGGCUAAGCGCCAACGCUUAGUCUAA